AUGAAGUUCUUCCCCGUCUUCAGUGCCUUGGCGGCGAUGUUGUCGUGCACGGCUGUAGUCUCUGCACAGUCCGAUCCCGACCCAAUUGGUACCAUUUAUGAUGGCCAUGUGCCAGCCAAUCUAUAUGGCUCCAGUUACCCCUACCCUUGGCCGGUGAAGCAGUUCAACUUCUUCAAUCAACGCCAGAACCUUUCGAUGGCAUUCAUGGACAUCCCAGCCAAGAAACGUCUCAAGAAUAGGAAGACAGCGGUUCUGCUCCACGGAGGAAAUUUCUGCGGCGUAACAUGGUCUGACACUGCGCGCCAGCUUUCGGCCGCCGGCUACCGAGUGAUCCUCCCCGAUGACAUUGGCUUCUGCAAGUCGAGCAAGCCCCAAGGCUAUGCUUACAACAUACAUCAGCAGGCAUUGAAUAUCCACAGUCUACUCACUGUUCUUGGGAUUGAAAAAGUCACCGUAAUCGGCCAUUCGAUGGGUGGCAUGAUUGCCGCCCGCUAUGGCCUAAUGUACCCGACCAGCGUUCAACAGCUUUUCCUUGUCAACCCCCUCGGCCUGGAGGACUGGGUAGCUAAGGGUGUACCUUACCUCUCAGUUGACGCGUCAUACCAGAGCGGGCUUGGGCAGAACUUCACCACUCUCAAGGCGUAUGAACAGGCCAGCUACUUCCACAAUGCUCCCUGGAAGCCCGAGUAUGAUACCUGGGUUCACAUGCUAGCCGACAUCUAUGCCAGCGACUAUGGCUCCGAUUAUUCGUACGUGAUGGCCCUCGUCACUGACGCUUUACUCAGUCAGCCUGUUAUCCACCAGUUCCCUGUCCUGCAAACUCGUACCUACCUUUUGGUAGGAGAUAGCGAUGUUUCAGCACUUGGCAAGGCAUGGUCUCCCCCUGCCAUUGCUGCAACGCUGGGUCAUUAUGCCGAACUUGGCCCUGCGGCCGCAGCCAUGAUUCCAAAUUGCACGCUCCGUAUGUUCCCCGGUCUGGGCCAUGCGCCCUUCCUCCAGGACCCCAAAGCGUUUUACAAGGUCCUUCUCUCUCUUCUGGACUAG